AUGAUCAAAGGAGGUGGUCGUACUUCCGGCGACCGCGGCAGUCCUGACGACGGUAGGGGUUAUGACGACUGCGGCGGCCCAACAACGGCAACAACGUGGCAUGGCGACUGCGGCUACUCUGACAAUGGCGGUAGCACCCAAAACAGUGCGGCUGCUCUGAUAGCGGUGGCAGUGGAUCCGAUGGUGGUGAUAGUUCCAGCAGCGGUAGUUGUGGUGGUGGUUAGUGGUAAUAGUUCCGGCAGCGGUGGUUGUGGUGGUGGUUAG